GCAACAGGUGGCCCUCAGUCCUGGACUCUGCGCCCUACCAAGGUCCUCUGAAGGAGGAUUCAGGUCCCCCAUCCUACCCACACCCUCCAUUCCCACGACUAGGGGGCACUCUGAGACCUCCAGGGCCGAGAGAAGCGGGCGGGUCCCCAGGAGGCCGCACAGACUCCCGCCCCCGCGCGGCCCAGCCCGGCUCUGCCCCUGGACGGCAGCUCAGCGCAGCGCAGCCAGGUUCCAAUCAGGCCCUGCGCUGGGUGUGGAGCGGCAGAGCUCCAACCCGGAUGGAGCCCGGGACGCAGCUUCGAGGCCACCAGGCUCACUGCGAUGAACCGGGGUUGCGAGAGAGCUCGAGGGGCUCCCGCGCUGCCGCUGCUGCUUCUGCUGCUGCUCCGGCUGUCUGGGCCAGCUGACACGAUUCAAGUAGACACCCCCGGAGAGUCAGUCACUCCUCACUGGGUCCUGGAAGGACGAGCCUGGCGCAUGGUCACCGUGAAGGAGCCGGUCUGGAAGCCACACACAGGGCUGGUGGCUGUAGAGGCUGAAGGCCGGGAGCUUCUGCUAGAGCUGGAAAAGAACCAGCUACUUACCCCAGGAUACACAGAAACCCACUACAGCUCAGAUGGGCAGCCGGUGGUGCUGUACCCCAACCACACGGACCAUUGCCACUACCGUGGGCAUGUGAGGGGCUUCCUUGGCUCUUGGGUAUCCCUCAGCACCUGCUCUGGGAUGAGUGGUCUGAUCGUGCUCAGCAGCAACACCAGCUACUAUCUGCACCCCCAGCCAGCUGGGAGCUCUGAGGACUUCUCCACCCAUAAGAUCUUCCGGACACAGCAGCUGCCUAGCUGGAAAGGAGCCUGUGGUCACAGGGACCCAGGACACAAGAAGGACAUGACUAAACUUUCCCAUGGCAGCCAGAUCAGGGACAGGCGCCAGAUCCCAAAGAGCCCCAGGUACUUGGAGCUGUACAUAGUGGCUGACCAUGCACUGUUCCUGACCCAACACAGGAACUUGACCAGUACCAAGCAGCGGCUUCUGGAGGUUGCCAACUACUUGGACCAGAUUCUCAGAACCCUGGACAUUCAGGUGGUGCUGACGGGGUUGGAAGUGUGGACAGAGCGGGACCAGAGCCGCGUCACCCCAGAUGCAAACGCCACGCUCUGGGCCUUCCUGCAGUGGCGUCGGGGGCUGUGGGUGCGGCAGCCACACGACUCCACGCAGCUGCUCACGGGCCGCGCCUUCCGGGGCGCCACCGUGGGUCUGGCACCCGUGGAGGGCAUGUGCCACGCCGAGAGCUCCGGAGGCGUGAGCAUGGACCACUCGGAGCUCCCCAUUGGCGCCGCCGCCACCAUGGCUCACGAGAUCGGCCACAGCCUGGGCCUCGGCCACGACCCAGACGGCUGCUGCGCGGAGGCCUCUGCAGAGCAGGGCGGCUGCGUCAUGGCGGCCACUGCUGGGCACCCGUACCCGCGUGUGUUCAGCGCCUGCAGCCGCCGCCGCCUGCGCGCCUUCUUCCGCCGAGGGGGCGGCACCUGCCUCUCCAACCUGCCAGCUGCCGCGCCGCCCCGGCCGCCCGCGCGCUGCGGCAAUGGCUUCGUGGAGGAGGGCGAGGACUGCGACUGCGGUGCAGGCCAGGAGUGCUGGGACCCGUGCUGUGUGGCCCGCAACUGCUCGCUGCGCGCGGGGGCGCAGUGCUCCGGCGGGGACUGCUGCGCGCGCUGCCAGCUGAAGCCCGCGGGCGCGCCGUGUCGCCAGGCAGAGGGCGACUGCGACCUCCCUGAGUUCUGCACGGGCGCGUCUCCCCACUGCCCCGCGGACACGCACCUCCUGGACGGCUCACCCUGCGCCAGCGGCCGCGGUUACUGCCGCGACGGCGCGUGUCCCACGCUGGAGCAGCAGUGCCAGCAUCUCUGGGGGCCUGCUUCCCCAGGCUCCCGCCCGGCCCCGGAAGCCUGCUUCCAGGAGGUGAACUCCGCGGGGGAUACCCACGGGAACUGUGGCCUUGACAACCAGGUCUUCGUGCCUUGCGCCCGGAGAGACGCUCUGUGUGGGAAGCUGCAGUGCCAGGGCGGCCAGCAGAACCCACUGGCACCAUACACUGUGUCAGUGGACUCCACAGUCCAGCUGGGCAACCUAGAGGUGACCUGCAGGGGAGUCUUCAUGCUGUCCGGUGCCCGGCCGGACCUGCCUGACUUGGGCACAGUAGAGGCAGGCACCCAGUGUGGACCCAGAAUGGUCUGCCAAGACGGCCACUGUCAGAACACCACCUUCCCAGAGCUGGAGCGCUGCCUGAGUGCCUGUCACAGCCACGGGGUUUGCAACAGUAACCGAAACUGUCACUGUGCUCCAGGCUGGGCCCCACCCUCCUGUGAAAAGCCAGGGUUCGGUGGCAGCGUGGAUAGUGGUCCUAUGCAGUCUGACAAUCCAGACACCUUUCUGCUGGGGAUGAUCCUGAGCUUCCUGCUGCCCCUCCUCCCGGGGCUUGGCCUGGCCUGGUGCUGUUGUGGGCACCUGGGACCCCAGCUCCAGCAAUGCUUCUGGGGCUCACAGAGGGACCCUGAGUGCAGUGGACCCAAAGAUGGCCUGUGCCAGGACCAUUCCCCAGGCAACAACCACCCCAUGGAGCUAAGGCCCAUGGCCACUGGAGAGGCAAGCCCACUGGACUUGGAGAAUUCUGCCAGAGUCCAGCAGCCACCUUGAGAAGCAUGUGCCCUUAGUCCUACCUGCACACAGAGCAGGUCAAGCAACCAAGACCCCAAUCUCUGCUGAGAGGCAGCUCCUGAGCUGAGGAGGCCCGAGCACAGUUGGCUACAACCAUUCCAGAAACUCAGAUGUGAGGGCAGAGCCCACAAACCCGCUGACUUGCUGUGUUUUCCAGCAGCUAGGGCAGGUCGUUCCCUAAGCUGAGCUCUGCUUGACUCUCUCUAAACCCCAGAGCCUCUCCAGGCUUUGCCCAGUGCAACUUCGCUCCUCAGGCUGGGUCCAGCUGUGGAACAUGCUCCAGUCCAAGAGCACAUCAAUGCAAGGGCUGACUUCACAUCACUGGAGAGGCUGGUGUUGAGCACCUGAGGCCUCUGUCCAGGGGUCCCUGGGCGUGGCUGUCAUGUGCACCUUGCCCAGGCAGCUUACAUCCCUCCUCGGCCCUUCAAAGCAAGGUCCUGUGACCAUCUCUCCUACUUUCUUCUCCUGCCCUGCCUUGUCCACUUCCUAGUCCUCCACCUGCAGUUUGGGGAGGUGUGUGAGGUCUGCUGCCACCUCGCUGUGCAUGUCAGUCUCUCCAGUAUUCUUUGGGAGGGGACAUAGGGAGCCAUUUCAGAGAGACACUAAAGAAAGUCAAAAGA